CCCUCCUUCGAAGGACGCCAUAAAAGAGAAACACAGUCUCCCUUUAUUUCUCUUUUCAUUUGCUUUCUUCUUCCUUCUCCUCUUAGCUUUCUGUUAUGAGUCUCUGAAGCCACUCCCAGCCCUUCUCUCUCUCGCUCGCUAUAUCUUUUGUAGCUUCAGAUUCAUCGAGCAUGGCUACCAAGGGAGGAAUCAGUCUUGAAGAGAUAAAAAAUGAGUCCGUUGAUCUGGAACGGAUUCCUAUAGAGGAAGUGUUUGAGCAGCUGAAAUGUACCAGGGAAGGUCUUACUUCAGAGGAAGGAGCCAAUCGGCUUCAAGUUUUUGGGCCAAACAAACUAGAAGAGAAAAAGGAAAGCAAAAUUCUCAAGUUCUUGGGUUUUAUGUGGAACCCAUUGUCAUGGGUCAUGGAAGCAGCAGCUAUCAUGGCCAUAGCUUUGGCAAAUGGUGAUGGAAGACCUCCUGAUUGGCAAGACUUCGUUGGGAUUGUUGCUUUGUUGUUCAUAAACUCCACAAUAAGUUUUAUCGAAGAAAAUAAUGCUGGAAAUGCAGCGGCAGCCCUUAUGGCUGGUCUUGCUCCCAAGACUAAGGUUCUUAGAGAUGGUAGAUGGACUGAACAAGAAGCUGCGAUUCUGGUCCCAGGAGACAUUAUCAGCAUUAAAUUGGGAGAUAUAAUCCCUGCUGAUGCUCGUCUUCUUGAGGGUGAUCCUUUGAAGGUUGAUCAAUCUGCUCUUACUGGGGAGUCGCUUCCCGUUACUAAGAACCCCUCAGAUGAAGUGUUUUCAGGCUCAACAUGUAAGCAGGGCGAAAUUGAAGCGGUAGUAAUUGCCACUGGUGUGCAUACCUUUUUUGGUAAGGCUGCACAUCUGGUGGACAGCACCAAUCAAGUUGGACAUUUCCAAAAAGUUCUGACUGCCAUUGGUAACUUCUGUAUUUGCUCAAUCGCUGUUGGGAUAAUUAUUGAAAUUAUAGUAAUGUACCCAAUACAGCAUCGCAAGUACAGACAGGGAAUUGACAACUUAUUAGUUCUUCUCAUCGGAGGAAUUCCCAUUGCCAUGCCUACUGUUUUAUCUGUCACCAUGGCUAUCGGUUCACACAGGCUAUCUCAGCAGGGUGCAAUUACAAAGAGAAUGACUGCCAUCGAGGAAAUGGCUGGCAUGGAUGUCCUCUGUAGUGACAAGACUGGAACUCUAACUCUGAACAAGCUUACUGUUGACAGGACCCUAAUUGAAGUAUUUGCAAAGGGUGUGGAUAAAGAGUAUGUGAUACUUCUUGCAGCUAGAGCUUCAAGAACUGAAAAUCAGGAUGCUAUUGAUGCUGCAAUUGUAGGGAUGCUUGCAGACCCAAAGGAGGCAAGAGCUGGAAUCAGAGAGCUUCAUUUCCUUCCAUUCAAUCCUGUGGACAAGAGAACUGCCCUUACCUACAUUGAUUCUGAUGGAAACUGGCACCGAGUUAGCAAGGGUGCUCCUGAGCAGAUAUUAGGUCUAUGCAAUAGCAAGGAGGAUGUCAAGAAGAAGGUUCAUGCUGUGAUUGAUAAGUUUGCUGAACGAGGGCUUCGUUCUCUAGCUGUUGCAAGACAGGAAGUACCUGAGAAAUCAAAGGAUAGUCCAGGAGGCCCAUGGCAGUUAGUUGGUUUGUUGCCUUUGUUCGAUCCUCCCAGGCACGACAGUGCUGAAACCAUCAGAAGAGCUCUCAACCUUGGUGUGAAUGUUAAAAUGAUAACUGGGGAUCAACUUGCCAUCGGUAAGGAAACCGGUCGGAGGCUUGGAAUGGGAACAAACAUGUAUCCAUCUUCUUCAUUGCUUGGUCAAGAUAAGGAUGCUUCUAUUGCAGCUCUACCUGUAGAUGAGUUGAUCGAAAAGGCCGAUGGGUUUGCUGGAGUUUUUCCAGAACACAAAUACGAAAUUGUCAAGAGGUUGCAGGAGAGGAAGCACAUCUGUGGAAUGACAGGAGAUGGUGUUAAUGAUGCACCAGCUUUGAAGAAGGCAGAUAUUGGAAUAGCUGUUGCUGAUGCUACAGAUGCCGCCAGAAGUGCUUCUGAUAUCGUCCUCACCGAACCUGGCCUUAGUGUAAUUAUUAGUGCGGUUCUGACCAGCAGAGCCAUAUUCCAAAGAAUGAAAAACUACACAAUAUAUGCAGUUUCAAUUACAAUCCGUAUUGUGUUUGGCUUCAUGUUUAUUGCCUUGAUAUGGAAAUAUGACUUUGCUCCAUUCAUGGUUCUAAUUAUUGCCAUCUUAAACGACGGAACGAUCAUGACUAUAUCGAAGGAUCGAGUAAAACCAUCACCAAUGCCAGACAGCUGGAAACUUAAAGAGAUUUUCAGUACUGGUAUUGUUCUUGGCGGUUACUUGGCACUAAUGACAGUGAUAUUUUUCUGGGCAAUGUAUGACACCGACUUCUUCACGGACAAAUUUGGAGUAAGAUCAUUGCAUGGUAGGGAACGUGAAAUGAUGGCAGCUUUAUACCUGCAAGUGAGCAUUGUAAGCCAGGCUCUUAUUUUUGUCACAAGGUCGCGCAGCUGGUCCUUUGUUGAACGUCCUGGACUUCUUCUAGUCAGUGCAUUCGUGGUUGCUCAGCUGGUAGCCACGUUGAUAGCAGUUUAUGCAAAUUGGGGUUUUGCUCGUAUAGAGGGGUGCGGCUGGGGCUGGGCUGGUGUAAUCUGGCUUUACAGUUUGGUUACUUACGUGCCACUUGAUCUGCUCAAGUUUGCAAUUCGCUACAUUCUCAGCGGCAAGGCUUGGGAUAAUCUUUUGGAGAACAAGACUGCCUUUACAACAAAGAAAGAUUAUGGAAAGGAAGAGAGAGAAGCUCAAUGGGCCACAGCGCAGAGGACACUUCAUGGCCUUCAACCUCCAGAAAGCAGUAACCUCUUUGCUGACAAAAAUAGUUACCGAGAACUUUCAGAGAUCGCAGAGCAAGCCAAGCGGAGGGCUGAAGUGGCAAGGCUGAGGGAGCUACAUACUCUCAAGGGGCAUGUUGAAUCGGUGGUGAAGUUGAAAGGACUUGAUAUUGACACAAUUCAACAACAUUACACAGUUUAGAAGAGCCAAACUCCCAAAAGAGACUAAUCUUCUCCGAGAGAGGGAGAGCUAAAAAUUAAAAAUGAUGACGAAGAUAUCCCAGUUGGAAAUUUUCUCUAGAUUAGAAUUUAUAUUUAUCUUGCUAUAAUAUGUGGUAGUUUUUCUCUUACACAAGGUUUUAUUCCUCCGCAUUUAUGGCCAGAGGAGAGGGAUUCUCCUUUGAAAGCAAAGCAUGUUUGUUUUCUGCUUGGUGUACAAUUUUUUUUCCUAUGUUGACGUCUUUCACCUCAUCUCCUGCUGCUAAAGUAUAUAACUUAAUAAAAGCUUUGACAAUCAACGGACCCCUAUCCGCUCAAA